AUGAUGCAAGGUGGUACACGAUACUUGCAUACUAUAUGUUGCGAUUGCACAGAAAAGAAAGAUUUAAUAUUAACUAAAUAUAUUCCUGCGGCAAAAUCUAUGGUAGAGAAAUUAAUAUACAGCGUUAAAGGAAUGAUGGUUCUCAAUGACAGCGCAGAAGCAUUUUGGAUGGGCAAUUUAGUUAACAAGAAUUUAGAUGGACGUGAAAUUCUAUCGCAG